GCGGAGUGACCAGGGAAAGUAUCAGCCUAUAAUUCACGCUGUUCCGGUGUUAUAACUGUCUCUCUCUUUCUCUUCUCUUAUUCUCUUUGACCCAAUUCAUUUCAAUUAACAAUUCAUUUCCAACAAAAAAUGCGGAGUUUCACUUUCUUCGAGCGAGUUUCCAGAGCUUUCCAUGACCAUGGUUCCAACUUCAAGCUUCUGAUUCUCUGCACCACCCUAAGUGGUGGAGGGGUUCUGGCUUACGGAGAGGCUGUAGGGGCAUCUGAAGCGGCGGUGCCGGAGAAAAAAAAGGUAGUGGUGCUGGGAACAGGGUGGGCUGGCACGAGUUUCUUGAAGAAUCUGAACAAUCCCAGAUAUGAGGUUCAUGUGGUCUCUCCUCGCAAUUACUUUGCAUUCACUCCUUUGCUGCCCAGUGUUACCUGCGGCACCGUGGAAGCCCGCAGCAUUGUCGAACCUGUCCGCAAUAUUUUUCGGAAGAAAAUGGUGGACAUUCAAUUCAGUGAAGCAGAAUGUCUUAAGAUUGACUCAGCAAACAGGAAGGUAUACUGUCGGUCUAAUAUAAGUAACAACGAGAAAGAAGAAUUUGUGGUGGACUAUGACUACCUAAUCAUAGCCGUAGGAGCAAAUGUCAACACAUUUAAUACUCCGGGAGUGACUGAGAAUUGCCAUUUCUUGAAGGAAGUUGAAGAUGCGCAGAAGAUUAGAAGAACCGUUAUUGACUGCUUCGAGAGAGCAAGUUUGCCAAGUUUAAGUGAGGAAGAAAAGAAGAGAAUUCUUCACUUUGCUAUUGUUGGAGGUGGUCCAACUGGAGUUGAGUUUGCAGCCUCACUACAUGACUUUGUCACUGAGGAUUUGGUCAACUUAUACCCUGGGAUAAAAGAUUUAGUUAAAAUUACGCUUCUGGAGGCUGGAGAUCAUAUUUUGAGCAUGUUUGACAAAAGAAUCACUACUUUCGCUGAAGACAAGUUUAGAAGAGAUGGUAUUGAUGUCAAAACAGGGUCCAUGGUUGUGAAGGUUUCUGAUAAAGAAAUUUCUACUAAGGAAAUGAAAAAUGGAGGAGAAAUUACCACAAUCCCAUAUGGAAUGGCUGUCUGGUCAACUGGUAUCGGCACUCGUCCAUUUAUAAAAGAUUUUAUGUCACAAAUUGGUCAGACUAAUAGACGGGCCAUAGCUACUGAUGAGUGGUUGAGAGUUGAAUCAACUAGCAACGUGUAUGCACUUGGUGACUGUGCUACAAUAAACCAGCGAAAAGUCAUGGAAGAUAUUGCGGCAAUAUUUAAGAAGGCUGACAAGGACAAUUCAGGAACUCUUACUGUCAAGGAAUUUCAGGAGGUAUUGGAUGACAUCUGUGAGAGAUACCCUCAGGUGGGGCUAUAUCUAAAGAGUAACCAGAUGCACGACCUUGCUGAUUUGUUGAAAGAGUCCAAGGGAGAUGUUGAAAAAGAAUCUAUUGAACUGAAUAUCGAAGAACUCAAAACCGCACUCUCUAAAGUGGAUUCUCAGAUGAAAUUUCUUCCUGCUACAGCGCAGGUCGCAUCUCAGCAAGGCACCUACCUGGCCCAGUGCUUUAAUCGGAUGGAAGAGUGUGAGAAAAAUCCAGAGGGUCCCAUCAGAUUCAGGGGAGAAGGGCGCCAUCGCUUCAAACCCUUUAGGUACAAGCAUUUAGGUCAAUUCGCUCCUCUAGGAGGAGAGCAAACCGCUGCACAGCUUCCGGGCGAUUGGGUUUCAAUUGGACACAGCAGUCAAUGGCUGUGGUAUUCCGUCUAUGCAAGCAAGCAAGUAAGCUGGCGCACAAGAGCGUUAGUAGUAUCAGACUGGACAAGGCGCUUUAUUUUUGGGAGAGAUUCAAGUCAAAUAUGAAAGAGUUUAAAUAUUCUGCACAAGUGUUGCCUUGUCAAUUUUCAGUUGAAAUUUGUAUACGAAUUCUUUUUCCAACUUCUAAUUAUUUGAAUAACACAAACGGACACCCAAGGCGAAUAUCCAGAUGGGAUUUGUUAACAUAAUCGUAUUUAAGCAUGCUAUAGAAAAGAAUACCUUAGUAA